AGUAACCAUUCUGAAGAACAAGUUUUCUUAGAUCAUCCAGGGCAGAUUGCAGCAAAGAACUGGUACCAAAGACAAGUCAGAGGGCGGAUUAAGUUUAUUUUGUAUUUGGGACGGAGGAGUGAAAGAGUCCCAUUUAGUAUAAAGACCUGUGAAUGUCUUUUUCCGGAAGAUAGAUGUCAUGAAGGUGGUGUUGGGGCCAAGAACAAAAGUCUUUUUGAUAUUUUCCUCAAAAGUGAUUUGAAAGGAAUUAGUCCUGAGAGGCCUGAGCGUUUCUCUUUUGAUGAAGCCUUUCUCCACGCCUGGUGGGUGACACUAGUGUAGAAGUUCGUAUACUAAAAGGUUUCUGUUGGUUGGUAGUGUAUGCACGUCUUGGAUUGAUUCCUUGUUGAAUCUCAGUAACCCCUUUGUACGCUUUUGUAUUCUAGAAAGUGAUCCGCCUCGAUCUGUUUCUGACAAGGGAAAGUCACGUUCGCUAACAAAUUGCAGUGACUCUUCCGUAAGGAUCAGUUUACUGUUCUGAUUUUAAAUUUGGCACUGAGAAACCUCUGCGUGGCACGGAUGACCUUGUAGAUUUGCCAGGUCACGUCCACAGCUGAGGAAGUAUUAAAACAGACGGUGUCUCUAAAUUGUUCAGUUCACUGAAACCUACGUAGACAAAGAACUUUACAAUGCAGGUUUACGUGUCGAUUUCUUUUCUUUUACAGUACACCUUGUUCUCUUUUCUCUUCGAUCUGGACGUUUGUCAAUCUGCUGUACUUAAGCAAAAUGUGACGAAUUCACCAGCAUCAAUCGACCCUAUCGUGGAAUCAUGUGGACUAAAAGAACUCUUCUUAUCUCGACCCCAUCGACGUCGCGUUUUCAAUACCAACCCGAGUAUAGGUGCGAUUGCAUCGCAAACAUCGCAUAAUUUCACUACUACACGUCUUUUUGGCAAGACCGGAGUCUUCCUUCAGGUCACCCAAGACGGGACGGUCAGCGGAACCGUACAGUGCUUUAGUGGUUACGGUAAGAAAUGAUUUGUAAACUGAAUGCGGUCGUCUUCACUGUUAGCAAUUGCCAACUGCAGGAGAACCUCAGUUUUUACUCAAUAAUCGCUGGUUCUCAAUUAUUUAAAGGAACCAAGUUUCGAACCAGGCUUCAGCGUGAUGAACUUAGACUGAAAAGGGACGUUCUUCUUUAGAGAUUUGCUUUAAUGUUUCAGUUUAAAUCGGCUAGAAAAAGGCACUGUUUCAAACAAACGGCAUGUCUACUUGGAAUAAUUGUCCUUUUUCCUAAAUUGCCCUUCUUUUAUGUUUCCUAGCCUUUUAUUCCUGUUCUCGAGUCUUCACGAUUUUAGUAAUUUCAGGAUAGCAUAAGUCACUCGAAUUGCCUUUUUCUGAGUGUUGUAUUCAUUAACAAAUCCAGUCGUUGAGACGCUAUAGAAUGACCUUGAUUAAGGACCUCAGUGCGGAUCCAUGGGGCCGAAUGGAUCCAAAAAGUCUGCAAACCAAUAAAGACAGAAACGCAAGAGCGCCAGUAUAGCUGGCCUUUUGGAGAGUUAUUUCAGUCAUGUUGUCAGAAAAUGUCCGAAGUGGGAACAAAAUAUAUGCGUUCAUGAAAAAGGUGAACUGUUUUUAAUUUGACUCGGUAUGUCAGCUCAAACAGGAAUAUUAUCAGAAUUAGUUAAAACUAGUUACAGUAUGUGUACCGUCACAAAUUAUUUGUUACCGCACAAUAAGAAGAUAUUCAAAAGUUGGCCGUUCGUGAAAGCGAAGGAAGAAGUGUAAGUCGCACAACUACAAAACUGUAGCGAUAAUCUACUUCAAAAAUUCGGUAUUUGCCAGUACGUUUAUUGAGGCAUCCUUAGUUAUUAACGUGAAAGCGAAAGUUUGCUUUACUAAUAGUCACACUGUUUCUGCUUUACUCUAGCCAAACUUGAGAUGCACUCUAUGGGACAGGGAAUGAAGCGUAUAAAAGGAAUUAAAAGUGGGCGUUUUGUGGCUAUUGACACAAAAGGAGAUCUUUAUUCUACG